AGAGAGACAUGACCCGGAAGUGAUUCCUGAAGCUCCGCGUGGGUUUGCAUCUGAGGUGCUCGAUUGCCCCCACGGUCGCUGCGAUGACCAAAAUGAAGGCAGAUUCGGAUGGGCGGGAGGCUCAGGCGGACGCGUGCAGCGGGGAGCGCACUUACCAUGAGCUGCUGGUGAAUCUGAACCCCAUUGCCCAGCCCCUGGCUUCUCGCCGCCUCACGAGGAAGCUCUACAAAUGCAUCAAGAAAGCCGUGAAACAGAAGCAGAUUCGGCGCGGGGUGAAGGAGGUUCAGAAAUUUAUCAACAAAGGCGAAAAAGGGAUCAUGGUUUUGGCAGGAGACACAUUACCCAUUGAGGUAUACUGUCAUCUCCCAGUUAUGUGUGAAGACCGGAAUCUGCCCUAUGUCUAUAUCCCCUCUAAGACGGACCUGGGUGCAGCCGCUGGCUCCAAGCGCCCCACCUGCGUGAUAAUGGUCAAGCCCCACGAGGAAUACCAGGAGGCCUACGACGAGUGCCUGGAGGAGGUGCAAGCUCUGCCCCCGCCCAUGUGAAGGACUUCGGCAGCAACCUGGGCACCUGCUCCAGAAUCUGUUGGGCUGGUGGCAGGCCAGCUGGCUGCCCUCCUGCAGCCCACACUCGCAGCAUCUCCCUGGUCCCCGGAGGCACGGAUUCUUCCCAGACAGCUCCAGCAGCUAGGUCUCCACAGCAAAGCCGGCAACUUCUCCAUCAUUGCUGUUUCCUGUUGAGCUUCAACGAAGAUGGUUCCAAGAAUGUGGUGUGGGGGAAGUAAAUGCUGAAACUAAAA